AUGAAGUGUUUUUACCGUUUUCUUGGGGAGAUAAACAAGACAAAUGUUCAGAUUUUGGACUUGGCACCAAAAGAGCUUGACCACCUCCUUGGAAAGUUCUUCAAAAACAUCAGGAAAGUUACUGGCGAGGAAUACGAGCCAAGUAGUUUGACUGGGCUGCAGAGAAGCAUCCAAAGGUUUCUGUCAGAUUCCAGGUCAAAGAUGAACAUCCUCAAGGACGAUGAGUUUGCUUUAUCUAGAAAAGUAUUGGAAGCCAAGCGUAAAAACCUUGUUGAACAAGGCAAAGGGAACCGUCCUAACGCGACUCGUUCGUUGACCAAAGAAGAAGAAGAAGACAAGCUGUAUCAGAAUGGCGCUUUUGGUGCAGAAAAUCCCGUAGUCCUUCAGAGAACCAUGUGGUGGAUUCUCUCCCUGCAUUUUGGGUUUAGAGCCCGCGACGAGAGCCCAUACGCCACAAACAUGGAGAGAUGUCCUAUUCAGUUUUAUAAGCUGUUCAGACGCCAUCGACCCGAAGAAAUGAACAAGCCAGAUGCUCCAUUCUUUCUUGCUGUACGACACGGCGACCACCGAAUAAAUCCUCAAAUGUGGUAUAUGAAGGCGCCCCAAGGCAAGAAUGAAAUCGGUAAAUUCUUGAAAACUGCCGCAGACGAAGCCAAUCUCCAAAGAAAAGGAGCAAAAGUCACAAAUCACAGCGUCAGGAAGACUGGCAUUGGCCGAUUGCUAGAUGCAAAUACCCCAGAGACUUUUGUGGCUCAAUUAAGCGGUCACAGAAGUCUUCAAAGCCUCCAGUCACACAAGUCAGCAAAUGAGCACCAUCAGCGACAAAUGUCGUACAUUUUGAGUUCUUCAAGUCACUCGCAAAAUUCCAAACAGAUAACUGCUCCUCCAGACAAUAGCAGUGGCCAGUUAAUAACAAGUUCACAGCAGUCACACAGCAGCCUGAGUUUCCAAAACACGACGAAUUCGCUCGCUGUGAAUAAUUCAAGCGACCCAGCAGCUUUAAAUGGUGUUUUUCCUGGAGCGAAUAUCAGCAGUAUCUCUCAAUGUCAGUUCCAGAUCUUCAAUGGCCCAGUUAAGUUAAUCCAACAAGGUGCAAAGCGACGUUAUGUUAUUGAGAGCGACGACGAAUAA